AUGCUGCUGCUGCAGCAACAGCAGCAGCAGCAAUAUCAGCAGCAGCAGCAACAACAUCUGCAGCAGCAACAGCUUAUAGCAUGUGGAGACGAUCGCACAGGCAAGCGCAUCAACAGCAGCAGCAGCAGCAUCAGCAGCAGCAGAGCUGCACAAACAGCGGGGGCCUUGGCGGUGCUGCGUUUAUCGCUGGAGCCGCAGCAGCAGGAGACGCUGCAGCAAAACCCUGCCUUGGUGCGUCUGCUGCUGCGGCUGCUGCAGGAGCAGCUGCAGAAAAUAGCGGCGAACCUCAGCAGCAUCAACAACAAUAGCAGCAGCAGCAGCAGCAGCAGCAGCAGGAGACGCAGCAGCAGCAAGUGUAUCUAUUUGGCGGUCCUUGUGUCUCUUCCCCUCCUCAUUUUCUCCACCAACAAAGAAGGAAGAGAUGUCCUCAGCAGCUGCGGAGUUGGGGAGGCCCUCGUGGAGCUCAUUAGGGUCCUUGGUGCUGCUGCUGCUGCAGCAAAGCAGCAGCUGCAGCAGCACCAGGAAAAGCAUUGUGCAAUCAAGCGGCAGCUGGAUGCGAAGGAGCAGCAGCAGCAGCAGGAGCAGCAGCAGCAGGAGCAGGAGCAGCAGCAGCAGCAGCAGCAGCAGCAGCAGCAGCAGGAGACUCACAGAGGGUUAGUUCGCCCUGAAGAAGCAGCUGUUGACUAUCAGCAGCAACCAAAUCGAACUCUGGCAGUGACACGGCACGCGAGAGAAGAAAGAGACGAUGGGUUGCAGCGUUUGCUGCUGCUGCUGGUGGGGGCCCUUCAUAACCUCUCGAAACAGCAGUUGCUGCAAGCCACCCUGCGGCUGCUGCUGCACCUCUCCCACUACCGCAUUAACAAAGACGCCUUGAUUGAGGCAGCUGGCGCUGCGCUGCUGCUGCAGCAGCCGCAGCAGGUGCUGCUGCUGCUGCAGAUGAUAACAAGAGAAGAAGAGGCUUUAACAAAGGGUUUGACUACUUCGCAUGCAGCAGCAGAUGCAGCAGCAGCAGCAGCAAAAGUCUUAUUCAGAGCCACAGCACAUCCCAACGGGGCUGAGGCGUUUGUUGCUGCAGUUGCAUGCAGCAGGCCGGAUUGGGCUUCUCGUGUGGUUGCUGCUGCGGAUGCUGCUGCUGCUGCUGCUGCUGCUGCUGAUUUGCUGCCUGACGUCUUCGGCUUGCUGGCGAACUGCGCGCAGCUGCUGCCUCUGCAGCAGUUGUUGCAGGAUCGUCUGCUGCAGUUAAUGCUUAGAAGCGACAAGGUGCAGCAGAAGCAGCAGCAGCAGCAGCAGCAAAAAGCAGCAGCAGCAGCAGCAGCAAACAACACCAGCAAACAGAACCAGCUGCAGCAGCAACAACUGUAG